CAGAAUCGUGAGUCCGGUGAGGAGUUGGUGAAGAUUGGAGCAAGAAAGGAAAAAACAAUUAUUUUGUUUGGUAGCCUGAGCACUUUAGGAUACUGUGAUCGUGACCUUUACUGAGGUUGCGAUGGAAAGCGUAGUGAUAGCAUUGACUGUUCUCUUGUGCGUUGUUCCCCGUGCCCUCGAAGCAGCUGGGAAUGCUCCACAGGUAACAUGCGGUACUCUGGUGAAGUUGCAGCAUGUGAAAACAGGAGUUCGGCUUCACUCGCACGAAGUCACGUAUGGCUCAGGUAGCGGUCAGCAGUCUGUGACAGGUAAUGCUGGAUCAGAUGAUGUCAACAGCUACUGGUCAGUGUCUGGUCCCAAGGAGGCUAACAGUUCACCAUGCAAGCGUGGUGAACCGAUCAAGUGCAACGGCAAGAUUCGCCUUCGCCAUUCCACGACGAACCGUCAUCUGCACAGUCACCACUUCCAGUCGCCGCUGAGCAACAACCAGGAAGUCAGCGCUUACGGCGACAAGGAACAUUCCGACACAGGUGAUAACUGGCAAGUUGUGUGCAGCGGCAAGGUAUGGCGGAAAGACACCAAGGUGCAACUCAAACACGUAGAUACCGACAAGUACCUGUAUGUGCAAGGUGCGACGUUUGGCCACCCCAUUGCCGGCCAGUUUGAGGUGUCAGCUUUCGGAUCGUCAUCUCCCGACACACACUGGAAGGCUAUGGAGGGUGUAUUUAUCAAGCCAACAAAGAAAUAAACAACUCGCAACUCUCUGCUCCUAGGACGAUUUUCAACUGCUCAAAUUCUCAAUUUUUGUUUACUUGCUGGGACUCUGCUACUUUGAAGUACUUUCCGCUAGGACCUGUAUGGUCCUGCUCCCCCAAGCUCACUGGCCCGUAACACACAGCCAGCCUAUACAAGAACUCAUCCUUCGUUGUGUGCAUGCGUGCGUGUUUCGCCGCCACUUGCAUGCUCAGAGUAUUAAAUUUUAUCAGCUCUUCUCUUGUGUGCGCUUGCUCGCCAGCUCGCUGACUCUACCUUCUAUCCUGGCCAGUGCAGUUGGUAUUAUUUGCUUGCUCCCUGGAAGCAUGUGUGUAUACAUUACAUGGCAGCUCAUUGCUGGUGUUUGCCCGGUAUUGGUUGGUUGACAACCUCUUCACUGUCAAUCCGAUCACCUAUCAUAGUCAUAGGAUUUGAUUCCCUGGCAACCAUGACAGUCGUCAAGGUGAAGAGAUAAGAAUGCGUUGGUUGCUA